CUUUCGCGCGCGCCGAUUUUCAUUCCCUCGGAGAGGACAGAAAGAUUCAGCUCCGCGUCGCUGCUGCCACCUGUCAUGUUCCCUGCCGUCUCUUCCCCACGGACCCCGGUGCCCGGCUCCCGACGGGGCCCGCUGGGAGGCGUCGGGCCUGGCUCCACACCUAGGACGGCGACCCGGAAGGGUCUCCCCCUGGGGUCUUCCAUUAGCUCUCCGGUGGUCUUCUCCCCGGUGGGCCGGCGAAGCUCUCUGAGCUCCCGGGGAACACCUACACGACUGUUCCCAUACCACUCUGUUACAGAGUCUAUAAACUAUGAUGUGAAAACAUUUGGAUCUUCUAUCCCUGUGAAAGUCAUGGAAGCCCUAGCAUUGUCUGAUGUUGAUGAUCAACUGAGUGUUCACAUAGAUGAAGGUGGAUGGGCUUGUCUGGUCUACAGAGAGAAACUUAUUAUUUGGAAGAUUGCUUUGUCACCUGUUACUAAGUUAUCUGUUUGCAAAGAACUUCAGCUGCCCUCUAGUGAUUUCCCCUGCAGUGCUGAUUUGGUGGCUCUUUCUUACUCUGCUACCUCAGGUGAAGUACAUUCUACUCAGGCUGUUGCUGUCAUGGUCGCCACUAGAGAAGGAACCAUUCGCUAUUGGCCAAGUCUUGGUGGUGAAGACAUCUACACAGAGAUCUCUAUAGAUAUGGGCAGUGAUAAAACUUGCAGUUUCCUAACAGCAGUACAGGGAGGAAGUUUUAUUUUGUCCUCAUCUGGAAGCCAACUGAUUCGACUGAUACCUGAAAGUUUAGGAAAGAUUCAUCAACACUUCUUGCCUCAAGGGCAAGGAAUGCUUUCAGGAAUUGGUCGGAGAGUUUCUUCUCUUUUGGGAAUUUCAUCGCCUAAUAGCGACCUCAUACUUUCAAGUGUCCUUUGGGAUAGAGAACAGUCAAACUUUUAUACCUUGACAAGUUCAAACAUCAGUAAAUGGGAAUUAGAUGAUUAUUCAGAAAGGCAAGCAUAUAGUUGGGAUAUAAAUAGAGCCCUGAAAGAAAACAUUGCUGAUUCUAUUUGGGGAUCUGAAAGUAAUUAUGAAGUCAUUAAAGAAGGGGUCAAUAUUCAGUAUUUGGAUUUGAAGCAGAGCAGUGAUGGGCUUCUGAUUUUGGCAGCAGCAUGGCACCCAGCAGAUAAUCCAUGCCUUGUCUAUUAUUCUUUGAUAACAGUAGAAGAUAAUGGCUGCCAGAUAUCCAAUUCAGUUUCAGUAGAAGUUACUCAAUAUAAUCCACCGUUUCAGUCUCAUGACUUGAUUAUGUGUCAACUGCUGGUCCCAGAUUUAACAAACCAAACUGCCUAUCUGUAUACUGAGAGUGCUGUCUAUGUGUGCUCCACGGGAACUGGAAAGUUUUCUCUUCCUCAGGAGAAAAUUGUCUUUAAUAUACAAGGAGAUGGUAUUUUAGGAGCUGGUUCUUGUGGUGGAAUUCCAGUCUUUUUUUCUAGAAACAGUGGGUUGGUGUCUGUAACUUCAAGGGAAAAUGUGUCUGUUUUAGCAGAGAAUCUUGAAGAUUCCCUCGCAUCUUCAGUUGCUGGACCAGGCAAUGAGAAUAUGGUUUUUGAGGCUUCUACAAAGAAUGAAAUGAUAGCCCAGGAUGAUAAAACCAAAUUGCUAAAAGCUGCUUUUCUACAAUACUGCAGAAAAGAUUUAGGUCAUGCUCAAGCGAUGGUUGACGAACUUUUUUCUUUAAACUCUGAUUUGGAUUCUGAUUGUGAAUUAGACAAAGCAGUUACCCAAAUCAGUGUGGAUCUGGUCGAUGACUACCCAGCCUCUGAUCCACGGUGGGCUGAGUCUGUACCUGAGGAAGCACCUGGAUUCAGUAAUACGUCACUGAUUAUUCUUCAUCAGCUAGAAGACAAGAUGAAAGCCCAUUCUUUCCUUAUGGAUUUUAUUCAUCAAGUUGGAUUAUUUGACCGUCUGCGUACUUUACCAGUAAGGGGGGUGCCAAUGACAACUCGAUUAUUGCUUUGUGAGCAUGCUGAGAAGUUGUCAGCGGCCAUUGUUCUUAAGAAUCACCAUUCUCAGCUUUCUGACCUGGUAAACACAGCAAUAUUGCUUGCUUUAAAUAAGAGAGACUGUGAAGUCCCAUCCAACCUGACUCCAGCAGAUGUGUUUUUCAGAGAGGUCUCCCAGAUAGAUACAAUUUGUGAGUGUUUACUGGACCACGAAGAGCAAGUCUUAAAGGAUGUGUUACUGGAAUCAGUUGAAUGGGCUGAGGUGGUGAUCAAUGUGAAUAAUAUUCUUAAGGACAUGUUGCAGGCUGCUUGUCAUUAUCGACAAAAUAAAAUUUCCUUGUAUAGAAGAGAAGAGCCACAAGAAAAAGAACCAGAGUACAUUCCUUGGACAGCAACAAGUGGCCCUGCUGGCAUUCGUACAGCUAUAAUGCGCCAACAUGGAAUUAUCCUGAAAAUGGUUUAUCCUCAGGCAGACAGCAACCUCCGAAACAUCCUGACUGAGCAGCUCGUGGCACUCAUUGAUUGCUUCCUGGAUGGUUAUGUUUCUCAGCUUUUGUCUCUGGACAAAUCCAGUGACAAAGAAAGAUACAGUAGUCUGGACGUAGAAUACCAACAGAAAAGAUCAGAACUCUUAUCUCCACUUCUCACACUAGGCCAACACUCGUGGGCUGCCUCUUUAGCAGAAAAAUAUUGUGACUUUGAUAUCUUAGUGCAAAUGUGUGAGCAGACCGACAACCAGGCUAGACUUCAACGCUACAUGACACAAUUUGCAGAUCAGAAUUUUUCAGACUUUCUCUUUCGCUGGUAUCUGGAGAAAGGAAAGAGAGGCAAAUUAUUAUCUCAGCCUAUUUCUCAGCAUGGACAGUUGGCAAAUUUUUUACAAGCUCAUGAACAUCUCAGCUGGUUGCAUGAAAUUAAUAGCCAAGAAUUAGAAAAGGCACAUGCAACACUUCUUGGUUUGGCAAAUAUGGAAACUCGUUAUUUUGCAAAAAAAAAAACUCUGCUUGGUUUGAGUAAAUUGGCUGCAUUAGCUUCAGACUUUUCAGAAGAUACGUUGCAAGAAAAAAUUGAAGAAAUGGCUGAGCAGGAGCGCUUUUUGCUGCACCAAGAGACUCUUCCUGAACAGCUGUUAGCAGAGAAACAGCUAAGUCUCAAUGCAAUGCCAGUGUUGACUGCACAACAACUCAUCAGUCUAUAUAUCUGUGAAGAAAACAGAAGAGCUAAUGAAUAUGAUUUCAAGAAAGCUUUGGAUUUACUGGAAUAUAUUGAUGAAGAGGAAGAUGUAAAUGUAAAUGAUCUAAAGCUGGAAAUUCUUUACAAAGCUCUUCAGCGAGAUAACUGGUCCAGUUCAGAUGGUAAAGAUGAUCCAAUCGAAGUAUCUAAAGACAGCAUAUUUGUGAAAAUCUUACAGAAACUUAUAAAAGAUGGCAUACAGCUGAGUGAAUACUUGCCAGAGGUGAAAGACCUACUACAAGCAGAUCAGCUUGGGAGCUUAAAAUCUAAUCCUUACUUUGAAUUUGUUUUGAAAGCUAAUUAUGAAUAUUAUGUUCAAGGGCAAAUGUAACUUUUCCUGAAAAUCUAUGUAAGCAGACCCUUAUAAAGAUUUGUUUACAUUUGUACAGUUU